AAGGGCACAGUAUACAAUUCCCCAUUGAGCCCAGUCUGAAGAGCACGUCCCACUAUCUGGGUACUGCAGCCUAAACAUGUCAGACACAGAGGAUGCUACGACUGAGGGACAACCAGAUGCUGCAGGGGAGAAUGAAGGAGAAGACGCAAAGCUCAAGAUAAAGGCUGGUUUUGUGCCCGGCUUGGCAGCGCCCAAAAUCCCAGAAGGAGAAAAAGUGGACUUUGAUGACAUUCAUCGAAAACGAAUGGAGAAGGACCUGACCGAGCUCCACUCUCUGAUUGAUGCUCACUUCGAGCAGCGCAAGAAGGAGGAAGAGGAGCUCAUCAGCCUCACAGAUCGCAUUGAGGCACGCAGGUCAGAGAGAGCAGAGCAGAUGAAGAUCCGGGCAGAAAGAGAAAGAGAGCGGCAGAACAAACUAGCUGAAGAGAAAGCAAAAAAAGAAGAGGGAGAGGCGAAGAAGAAAGCAGACGAUGAUGCGAGGAAGAAAAUGAUUCUGUCCAACUUGACCUUCACUGGAUACAAGCAGACACAACCCGGCCAAAAGAAACAAACGGAAAGAGAAAAGAAGAAGAAGAUCCUGAGUGAUCGACGCAAAGAGUUGAAUGUUGAGCACAUGAAAGAGGACAAACUCAGGGAAAAAGCCAAGGAAUUGUGGGAUUGGAUGCGCCAGCUGGAGGCUGAGAAAUUUGACCUUAAGGAUCAGUACACGAAGCAAAAGUAUGAGAUCACCGUGCUAAGAAACCGGGUCAGUGAUCAUCAGAAAGUUUCAAAGGGUAGGAGAACCAAGCGCGGCCUGAGGAAGUAACACCUGACGUCAACCUGAGGGAAACUGACGACACCUUACAUUUAUUGAGAAUCAAAAACUGCAUAAUGAUGUUUUCGAAAUACUUGAACAUGCAAGAACAAAAUUACAAAUGCUCUUAAAUAUGGUAUCUGUGAACAAAGUGCAUGCUGAGUUCAUCUGAGGCAGUAUAGAGGUAGAAGGCUGAUGUGUUGCAGCUUGUGUUCAUGGAGGAGGGAGGAGCGUAAGACAUGAAAAUGACUUUACUAUAUGAAAAGAAUUACGAUGUGACAGCAUUUUAAUGUAACCCUAGUUUUAUGUUCACUAAAUCUGUCAAUUUUAGAGUACUAAAAGUGAAAGUUAAACUAAUGAAUCGGUUCUUGUGUGUACUAGUUUGUGGCUGCAAUGAAUUAAAAAAAUCUUUAUGUACCAAACCAGAAAUAAUGUCUUCUUUCUCUUAAGUCAUGGUUCGUUAACUUAAUUGUGAUGAUAUAAAAAACACAUCUUCUUUAAUAAGGUCAAAUUCUUGUUGCCAAAUCCAGGUAGCCUUGGCGUGCACCCACAGCAUUACCAGCCUUCUAUAAAUGGCCACACAUGAGGACAUAAAUCUAUCAGCGUAAAAUGAAACAAUUACGAGGCCUCAUAAAUCUAAACAUGACCCCCAAAUUCCCUGUUGUCCGCCAGUGGAUUACACAGUUUGGACUGUGGAGGACCAAAGUUCAAAUCUGGUCAACAAAUUACAUAAUGCACCAAGUGCAACAACAGCUGCAGUGUCUGGCUCUACGAGCUUCUUCUUAAGCCUCAGAAUAUAAAUUAUAAGGGUGGAGUAAACAGAAUUUGAAAGACAUGUUGCUUAUCUGCCCAGAAGCAUUUUAAACUCCGCAGCCAAAUACCUAGAGGGGUGUGACAAAAUGUAAACCAGGUUUAACGAAACUCUUCGUGCUGCACCAGUGGCUUCUGACAAAUGAGUGGUAAUGAGCUCAAAUUCCCAGAUUUAGGAUUUAAUAAUUUAUCACCUUUACAACACGGAGAGUAGAUCUCUGUAAACUUUAUUUUAAACAUUUUUUGGGACAAUACAAAUAUCUCAACAUCACACACACACGUACAUACAUUUUAAAAAAGAUGGAUACACCAACCAACAAAGUUGUCUUUACGAAAUGUAAACACACGUCACUGCUUUUGUACCAAACCUUUUAAAAUCCAACAUUUCAUUUUACAACAUCAAAAUUAUUUUUUUUAACAUAACUUUAUGUAUCAAAACAGCAAUGUCAGUGCAAAAUAAAAAUCUUAACCCUUUGUGUUACAAUCUAACAAAUCAAGCUCAUGGUAGCGGACACAAUAUUUACAUUAAAGGGACAGUUCACCCCAAAAUUAAAAAUACGUAUUUUUCCUCUUACCUGUAGCGCUAUUUAUCAAACUACAUUGUUUUGGUGUGAGUUGCAGAGCGUUGGAGAUAUCAGCUGUUGAGACGUCAGCCUUCUCUCGAAUAUAACGGAACUGGCUUUCACUUGUGCCUCGUCUUUCAUUGCCUCUGUUUUUAAGCCUUGUCUUUGGCAUUUUCUACUCUCUUUUUUUGUUCUUUUUAAUGUCAUUUAUUUUAAAUAUUUUAUCAUUUAUUGUUGUAAUGUCUAGCUAUUCACUUGUUACUUCUUCUGUACUGUUUUACUCCUGCUCUGUGAAGCACUUUGGGCUGCAUGAUUGUAUAAAAUGUGCUACGUAAAUAAAGUUUGAUUUGAUUUGAUUCAGAUGGCACUCGGCUUGUGGUGCUCAAAAUGUAAAAAAAAAAUGU